AUGCGUUACAUAUUAUUCUGCCUCCUGUCUCUUUCGCUCAACAGAAACCUCGCGUUCGUCCUCGACAAACAGAACCCUUACUCCCAGUUCAGAAAAUGGAACGCUGGACUGAACGGUACAUUGGAACUUGAGUUCAAAACCGAUCAACCGGACGGCUUACUUUUGUAUACAGACGAUGGUGGCACUUACGACUUUUUUGAGUUGAAACUAGUGAACGGUGUGUUAAGGCUGAGGUAUAAUUUGGGCGGCGGUGCACAGAUAAUAACUGUGGGAAGCAAUUUAAAUGAUGGCCACUGGCACAAAGUUCAGGUGGCGCGUCACGACGAACACACCUCAUUAUCAGUGGACGGUAACAUACAGAGCAAAACGUCAAGAGGCAAGGAGUUCGCGUUUGGCAAGUUCAAUACUAACUCCGAUGUCUUCGUAGGGGGGAUGCCGCCAUCGUAUAAUUCAAAACUGACAACGCUAGCUCUACCAUCGGUUAUCUUUGAGCCAAAGUUUAAAGGAUCAGUUCGAAAUUUGGUCUACUCAGAUUUACCGGGACAGCCACCCAGGAGACAGGAACUGCGGCAUUCGAGAGAUUUGAAGAGUUCACGCAUCAGUAACGCGAGCGGCGACGCGUGCGAGAGACGUGACCCGUGCCAGCACGGUGGCGUUUGUAUCAGCACUGAUGAUGGACCUAGCUGUGAGUGCAGGGACGGUGAUUAUGAAGGCGCCUUCUGUGAAAGAGACAAAGCACCAUCAGAGGCAACCUUCCGUGGCGCUGAGUUUCUUUCGUACGACCUGACGCAGACUGGUGGGGAACCGUUCGUCGGUACUCAGGAUGCAAUAUCUCUGUACUUCAAGACCAGACAACCCAAUGGCCUGUUGUUUUACACAGGUCACGAGGCUGAUUACCUAAACCUGGCUGUUCGAGAUGGCGGUCUCUCACUCACCAUGGGACUUGGAAACGGCAAGCAGGAAAUGCAUAUAAAACCUUCGAAGACACGGUUCGAUGAUCACCAGUGGCACAAACUAACUGUUAGGAGACGGAUACAAGAGAUUACGCCAUUCACGAGCUUCUGCAGGGUCUCAGCUGUUGUGGACGAUGUGUAUUCAGAACAUUCUCACGUAGCUGGAUCUUUCACAAUGUUGGCCAGUUCCAGAGCUCAUGUCGGAGGGUCAUUAAACGCUAGGGCACUACCGGGAGCUAGGGUUCACACCAAUUUCAUUGGUUGUCUUAAGAAGGUGGAGUUUUCUGCUGACACGCUUCGUCUCAACCUGAUCGACUUAGCUCGAACUGGCAGCAAACUCAUCACCGUCACUGGAAGGCUAGAAUACGCCUGUACGGCUACUGAUUCUGCUGACCCUGUGACAUUCACCACAAGAGAUGCGCAUUUAAUAUUACCGAAAUGGGAAGCGGUGAAGACUGGAACUAUUUCGUUCAAAUUCCGAACGAAUGAACCGAAUGGACUAAUUCUCUUCAACAUGGGCGCGAAGCCACCAAGGGUAGGUUGCACGGCGGAUCUCUUUGCGGUAGAAAUUCUCAAUGGGUACAUAUACGUCCACGUUGAUCUAGGGUCUGGUGGGGUUCGAGUUAGGGCUUCUCGACGAAGGGUUGACGAUUCACACUGGCACGAAUUUCUUCUGAGAAGAACUGGUAGAGAUGGGAGAGUCACUGUUGAUGGGGCUAAUGCAGAGUUUAAAACACCUGGUGAAUCAAAUCAACUCGAGUUAGAUGGUCCUCUAUUCGUUGGUGGUCUUGGAUCAGAGUAUUCAGCCUCCAGAACACCUCCAGCGUUGUGGACAGCGGCUCUACGACAGGGCUUCGUUGGAUGUAUUCGGGAUUUGGUACUUAAUGGAAAGCCACAGGAUCUUACAGCAUAUGCGAGACAGCAGGAUUCCGCAUCAGUCAAACCGGCCUGUCAUGUUCUGAUGAAGCAGUGCGUCAGUUCUCCCUGUCAGCACAGUGGGAUCUGUUCAGAAGGUUGGAACCGACCUCUCUGCGACUGUUCCGCGACUAAUUACGGUGGUCCAACAUGUGGGAGAGAAUCACCAACAAUAUACCUAAAUGGUAGUCAGCACCUCACAGCUGCCCUUGGAUCGGAACACGUCACUCAAACUGAGGAACUUCUCCUACGGUUCCGUACUACUAAAGCGGGGUUACUUCUCAGAACUGCGUCGGAACAUUCAGCUGAUAGGAUCGAACUAGCUGUGGCUGCUGGAAGAGUUAGAGCAAGUGUCCGAUUAGGUGACAGAGAAAAGAAUCUUCUAGCCGGUACAAACGUAGCCGAUGACAAAUGGCACACGGUACGGUUCUCGCGCCGGGCAUCGAACCUCAGGCUGCAGGUAGACGGAGGGCAGUCAGUCCGCGCUGAAACAAUUCUAGGGAAAGCAUCUACUUUAGAAAUAUCAACUUUGCAUUUAGGAGGUCUUUAUCACCCGGAAGAAGAAAUUCAAAUGACGUCAACAUUACCUAAUUUUGUGGGCUACCUUCAAAAGUUUAUUUUCAACGGUAUAAAAUAUAUAGACAUGGCAAAAACUCUCGGCAUUGGGAAUUCUGAUGAAAAUAACAAUAUAUAUGAUGCGUCUAAUAUAAUAUUUACGGGAAAAUUUGUGAAGCCUGAUUCUUUGAAUGUUUAUAAGGCUGUUACGUUUAAAUCAAAACAUACAUAUGUUGGUUUACCAUUACUUAAGGCUUAUGGAAAUACAUAUCUCGACUUCUAUUUCCGAACGACUGAAAUGGAUGGAUUGUUAUUUUAUAAUGGAGGAAAGAAACAGGAUUUUAUAGCUGUUGAAUUAGUAAACGGACACAUACACUGUGUAUUCAAUCUCGGAGAUGGGGUGGUGACAAUGAAAGACAAAUUGAAGAAUUUCCUAAACGAUAACAGGUGGCAUACAGUAUCAAUAAGGAGACCAACGCCAAAAGUUCAUACGAUGCAAGUUGAUGAAGAUUUGGAGACUCAUACUACAGGUUCUAACCUAAUGUUGGAGUUGGACAGUGUUUUAUACGUUGGUGGGGUACCGAAGGAUAUGUAUACGUCAUUACCAGUGGGAGUGUUAUCGAGGCAAGGAUUUGAAGGAUGUAUGUCUAGCUUAGAUCUUCCUGGCGAAUCACCAUCGUUGAUCGAAGACGCUGUUGUACCUAGCUCUUCAUUAGUUUCGGGGUGUGAAGGUCCGACCAAGUGCACGCACAACGCGUGCGCCAACAAGGGCGUGUGUGUCCAACAGUGGAACACUUACGUGUGUGACUGUGACCUCACUUCCUUUACUGGACCCACGUGUUAUGACGAAUCUAUCGCAUAUGAAUUCGGUCCUGGUCGAGGUAUUAUAACAUACACGUUUCCACCAAGCGCGGUAGCAGACACCGAAACCGAUAAGGUAGCUGUGGGGUUUGUCACUAGCAAGUCUGAUGCCGUACUCCUGAGGAUCGAAUCUUCCAACACGCAGGAUUAUAUGCAAAUGGAAAUAAUUCGUGGAAACCUCUUCAUGGUAUACAACGUUGGUGAUGGUGAUCAUCCAUUAGGUGAUGAAGCGGCCAGAGUGGAUGAUGGCGCCUACCACGUCGCUAGAUUCACUAGAAACGGCAGUCGAGCAGCGUUACAGCUAGAUAACUAUGCUGUUAAUAUAAGACACCCGCAGGGCGGGCAGCAGUCGUCGAUCUUCAACAGCAUGUCGCGCGUUACGGUGGGCGGCGGCGGCGGCGGCGCGCGCUCCUUCAGCGGCGUCGUGGCCGGGCUCGUGCUCAACGGGGCGCGCCUGCUCGACCUCGCCGCCGCCGCCGACCCCGCCGCCGCGCUGCGCGGGGACGUGCGCCGCGCGCGCGCGCCGCUCGACCGCGACCUCAACCGCAUGCAGCAGACCCCGCCGUCCGGCUACGGCGGGCCGGGCGCGCUGGACGAGCUGGUGUACUCGGGCGCGGGCUCGGGCUGCCGCGACGACGACGAGGACGCGUGCGUGCUGCCCGACGCCGGCUCCGGGGACGACCUCAUCACGCCCGUCUACGUGCCCUCUACCCGCCGCCCGCCUUCUAAGCUACAUAAGGGUGAUAUUAGUGGCAAGCUUAUGAAGCCCUGUGACGAUGAAGACUGCAUCGAAGGCUCUGGCUCUAGCGGAGAAGAAAUCACUGAACCAGAACAUCCGCCUACUACUUCUGGUGCCAGCAGUACUCACGCAAUGACGUCACCUACCGCUGUUAUAUCAACGGAACACGUAGAUAAAUCCUUGCCAGGGUCCACUGAUAGUGGAACUGAUUCCCCUGGCACUACUAAGAGCGAUCAGACCACGCUACCAGACCAUGACAACAUGCAUGCUGGUACAUUAGACACUGCUACAACUCCUGAAAAAGGAACCACUCCUACCGAUGAUCGCUCUCACGCCGGACACUUCACUCCUACAAUGACAGGCAAGCACACAGAAUCAACCCGGACCACAGAAGAAGAUCAUCACAUACCAGACUACGAAGACAAUAAGAACGAAGUAGACACAAGGUCACCCACGUACGAGAUUGAGGAACAGGAUAGGGGACACAGAGGGAACUUAGGCUAUAAUGGAUAUGAAAAUGAAAUUACCACUAAGUGGUAUCAUCCCAAGACCACAGACAGCAGGGUUGUACCACCCGAGUCUGAAUUCUUUGCAACUGUUGUUGGUAUAGUAGCUUCAGUUUUAAUCGCUAUAAUCCUGAUCGUGAUCAUCGUGCUCAAGCUGGUGUUCCGCCUCGACCCCUCGUACAAGGUCACUGAGGACAAGAGCUACCAACAGAGCGCUAGUGCGGCGUUGCUUGGAAAUCAGGCGCACUCGAGCUACCAGAGCGCGGGCGCGGGCGCGGGCGCGCGGCCGCUGGCGCCGCCGCAGCCCGUCAAGCGCGACGGCAUCAAGGAGUGGUACGUGUAG